GAGAUUUGUGGAGUGGUUGAAAAAUGUGUUUUAAUGACUUCAACCUAAGUGUAUGUAAACUUCCAACUACAACUGUAUGUGAAACUUUGCUGCUCUGCCAGCAGUUUCCUGUGGGGUUUUCAGAACAGAUCAGUUUGCUGUAUUUAGCUGAGUUCAACCACUGAUCUGAGACAAGUUUUUCACACCAUUGAAAUAAGGAAGUAAUGAGAGACGAGUCAAAAAGCCGAGCAGCACGUUCCACUCUUCAGUCCUCUCUACAUGACAGUAGACUGUAUAGCUCAGUGGAGCUCCAGUUAGAGACAGAUAUGAUACCUGCAGUGGUACUGAUGACCCUGUUGUGGAGCACAGAUCUCCAGGCUCAAAGCGUCAGUCCACCAGCUGAACUCUCAGUCAGACUGGUGGAUGGGACCACUUCCUGUUCUGGGACAGUGGAAGUCUUCUACAGAGGAGAGUGGACAGGUCUAUGUCCUGGGUGGUGGAGCAUGAGAGAGACUAAGGUUGUGUGUAGAGAAAUGGACUGUGGGAAUCCUGUAUCUGAAUCUAGAGGACCUCUGGUUGAAGAUGGAAGAAGAGGAGUAACGAUGUUGAGAUGUAGUGGAGAUGAGUCUUCUAUUAGACAGUGUGACAUCAUAGAAGAACCUGGUGACUGUGAUUAUGGAUAUUAUCAUCAUGUGACCUGUUCAGAGUCUGUGCGGCUUGUGGAUGGAGCUGGUUUCUGCUCUGGGAGAGUGGAGGUGAAGUCCAAUCAGUCCUGGGCCUCAGUGUGUGAAGCUGACUUUGACCGGCAGGAUGCAGAGGUAGUCUGUAGGGAUGUUGGCUGUGGGGCUCCUGCAGCUCUACAGGGGUGGCUCUAUGGAGAAGGUGAGGGUCAGACCUGGGAUAAAGAGUUCCAGUGUAAAGGCAAAGAGUCCCUUCUCCUGGACUGUGACACCUCAGACAGAGAGAACAACACCUGCCUACCUGGUAAUGCUGUUGGACUCACCUGCUCAGAGCCUGAUGAUGUGAGGCUGGUGGGAGGAGGCAGUCGCUGUGCUGGUGGAGUGGAGUGGUACGACCAGGGAGAGUGGAGGACUGUGGGAACUGAUGACUGGGACCAGAGGGAUGUAGCUGCAGUAGUGUGUAGACAGAUGGGUUGUGUCUCCACUGUUUCAGUACCACCUGGAAACACCACUAGAGGGAUUAGAGUUUUCUGUUAUGGGUCUGAGUCUUCACUGAGGGAGUGUAGAAGAAUGUAUGAUCUCCGUCCUGAACUCACCGUGAUCUGCUCAGAUCUCCUGGUCCAGCCUGAUAUCUUCCUGACUGACCCAAUGGGAGGGGUCUCCAGGGGCCACCAGGGGCCCGAGAUGUUCAGGGGCUACAACUUCACCAUCACCUGCUCCACUCAGCCACAGUACCCAGGAGGCGCCUUCGUCCUCACGUUCACCGGUUCCAACAGAACCCAGACCCAGCCAGCUGUCAAUCACUCUGCUGCCUUCCUCUUCCCUGCUGCAGAUGACUCCCACCAAGGGAACUACAGCUGUGUUUAUGACAAUUAUGUUUUCUCUCAUAACUUCUCCUCUGAGAGUGAGCUCCUCUCCCUCACCAUCACAGCCUCUCCUCUGCCAGCCUUCAUCAUCAGACACGUUGUAGUGCUGCUGAUCCUACUGACAGCCAUCACCACCAUCUACCUGUACUACAAGCCCACCAGGAGGCAGAAGAGAGUGAACAGGGUGAGCAGCAUGGAUCUUUAUGUCAAUGCCAUGGAGAUGGUCUCUCUGAGCUCCAGAGCUGAAGCUGGACCGGGAGAGGAGAGAGCAGCCCAGGGGACGGAGUAGGAGGAGAAUGAAGCUGACCCUACAAGCUGAUCUUAGGAGAGAGACCAGACUCUCCUUCUGACAGCAGGAAGAGUCCUUCAGGGAAACCAGACCCCGAGACGUCCAAACCAGCAGGACGACAUCACUGUUCCCAGUGUGGAAAGAGUUUUACUCAGUUAGGGAGCCUGAGAACACAUAAGAGAAUUCACACUGGGGAGAAGCCUUACCACUGUUCCCAAUGUGGAAUGACAUUUACCCAGUUAGGGAGCCUGCAAACGCACGAGAGAAUACACACUGGAGAGAAGCCUUACCACUGUUCCCAAUGUGGAAUGAAGUUUACCCAGUUAGGGAGCCUGAAAACACAUAAGAGAAUACACACUGGAGAGAAGCCUUACCACUGUUCCCAAUGUGGAAUGACGUUUACCCAGUUAGGGAGCCUGCAAACGCAUGAGAGGGGACACACAGGGGAAAAGCUUUUCCAAUGUUCCCAUUGUGGAAAGAGUUUUGGCCAGGUAGGAAACCUGAACAAGCAUGAGAGGACACACACAGGUAAGAAGAUGUACCGCUGCUCCCAGUGUGGAGAGAGAUUUACCCGGUUAAGGUACCUGAAAGAGCAUGAAGGAAUACAUACAAAUACACAGGAGGAGAAGACAUACCACUGCUCUCAUUGUGGAAAGACAUUUUCCCAGUCAGAGAACCUGAAAACACAUGAGAGAAUCGAGAGGCUGUGUUCUGACUUGUGUUUUUAACUGAGAAUGUGUGUAUUUGUUUGGGCUGUCAGACUUGAGUUCACUUUGUGUGAUGUUAGUGCACUAUUUUUAAUUGUGAUUAAUCCAUUGUCUGAAAGGGUUAAAAACACACUGAAAACAUCCAGAAUACAUCCUAUAUACAGCUACAAUCUACAAUGCCAUGUAAACACAAGAUGACAUUGAGGUUAAAUAAAGUGUGAUUUAUCAAUGGAACAUA